UGGUGACGCAAUUAGUUAUUUUUGUGCAGGCACAACUGGAAUGGAAGGAGUAGCGGGAUUGGAACCUUUAAAACAAUGAGGUUCCAGCGUCUGUGAGCGGGAAUGGCCCCGGGCGACAUGGUGCCGGAGCACGCCAGGCAGCACAAGCCCCGGGAGAAGCAGCCCCAGCCCCGGCCCUCGGAGAGCGAGGGCGAGGCCGACGGCUCCUUUGUUUUCGAGGCCCACGAGGCCUGGAAGGAGUUCCACAAUUCGCUGCGGCAGUUCUACGAGGCGGGCGAGCUGUGCGACGUCACGCUGAAGGUCGGGAGUCGGCUGAUACCAUGCCACAAGCUGGUGCUGGCGUGCGUGAUCCCCUACUUCCGGGCCAUGUUCCUGUCGGAGAUGUCUGAGGCCAAGCAGGAGCUGAUCGAGAUCCGCGACUUCGACGGCGACGCCAUCCGCGACCUGGUGAGCUUCGCGUACUCGUCGCGGCUGACGCUGACGGUGGACAACGUGCAGCCGCUGCUCUACGCCGCCUGCAUCCUGCAGGUGGAGCUGGUGGCGCGGGCCUGCUGCGAGUACAUGAAGGCGCACUUCCACCCCUCCAACUGCCUGGCGGUGCGCACCUUCGCCGAGAGCCACAACCGCGUGGACCUGAUGGACAUGGCCGACCGCUACGCCUGCGAGCACUUCCGCGAGGUGGUGGAGUGCGACGACUUCCCCUGCGUGUCGCCGCAGCACCUGUGCACUCUGCUGUCGUCCGCCGACCUCAACAUCCUGUCCGAGGCGCAGGUGUACGGCGCCGCCGUCAAGUGGCUGAAGGCCAACCCGCAGCACCACGCCGCCUGGCUGCACCGCGUCGUGUCCCAGGUACGUCUGCCCCUGCUGCCGGUGGACUUCCUCACAGGGACGGUGGCCAAAGAGGAGAUGAUUAAGAGCAGCCUGAGCUGCAGAGACCUGCUGGACGAGGCACGGAACUACCACCUGCACCUGAGCAACAAGGAGGUGCCAGACUUCCAGUACUCCAUCCGCACCACGCCCCGGAAGUACACCGCCGGCGUGCUGUUCUGCGUGGGCGGGCGCGGCGGGUCUGGGGACCCCUUCCGCAGCAUCGAGUGCUACUCCAUCACCAAGAACAGCUGGUUCUUCGGCCCCGAGAUGAACAGCCGCCGCCGACAUGUGGGAGUCAUCUCUGUGGGAGGGAAAGUCUAUGCAGUUGGAGGUCACGAUGGGAGUGAACACUUGGGGAACAUGGAGAUGUUUGACCCUCUCACUAAUAAAUGGAUGAUGAAAGCGUCCAUGAACACUAAAAGGAGGGGCAUCGCCCUCGCUGCCCUGGGAGGCCCCAUAUACGCUAUCGGGGGCCUGGACGAUAACUCCUGCUUCAACGACGUGGAGAGAUACGACAUCGAGUCCGACCGCUGGAGCGCCGUGGCCCCCAUGAACACGCCUCGCGGGGGGGUCGGGUCUGUGGCCCUGGGGAGCCACGUGUACGCGGUCGGGGGCAACGACGGCAUCGCGUCCCUCUCCAGCGUGGAGCGGUUCGACCCCCACCUGAACAAGUGGAGCGACGUGAAGGAGAUGGGCCAGAGACGGGCCGGCAACGGCGUCAGCGAGCUCAACGGCUGCCUCUACGUCGUGGGGGGCUUCGACGACAACUCCCCCCUGAGCUCCGUGGAGCGCUUCGACCCGCGCUCACACCGCUGGGACUACAUGUCGGAGCUGACCACGCCCAGAGGGGGCGUGGGCGUGGCCACCGUCAUGGGCCGCGUGUUUGCGGUGGGCGGUCACAACGGCAACAUCUACCUGAACACGGUGGAGGCCUUCGACCCGCGCAUGAACCGGUGGGAGCUGGUGGGGUCGGUGUCACACUGCCGGGCGGGGGCCGGGGUGGCCGUCUGCGCCUCCCACAUCGGCCAGAUCAGGGACGUGGGCCAGGGCUCCAGCAACGUGGUGGACUGCAUGUGAUCCCAGGAGCGGGGCUGCCCAGGCCGCGACCAAACACACACUCACACACUCACACACACACACACACACACACACACACACACACACACACACACACUCUCACUCACUCUCACUCACACUCACUCACUCACUCACUCACUCACUCACUCACUCACUCACUCACUCACUCACUCACUCACUCACUCACACACACUCACACACUCACUCACUCACUCACUCUCACUCACUCACUCACUCACUCACUCACUCACUCACACACACACACACACACACACACACACACACACACACACUCACUCACUCACUCACUCACUCACUCACUCACUCACUCACUCACUCACUCACUCACACACACUCUCACUCACACACUCUCACUCACACACACUCACUCACCCACGAUUCACUCACAUAAACACACAAACACACACACUCACACACUCACUCACAUGCACACACACACACACUCAUCCACGAUUCAAUCACAUAAACACACACUCGCACACAAACACGUACACAUGCACAGACAGGGCCACGUUGUAUAAAUCAAAUGAGUUUUAGUGCUGCUUGCAGUAACCUGUGCCCUACUUGGGACGAAGUUUGACGGAGGACAAUUCAGAAAAUAUACCACAUUCCCACCUAAUGUCUACUCUUGAACGAUUGUUUGUUGUUGUGAAUCAGUUGAUGUUGUGGCCUGUUUGCUGGCUUUAAGAACUGUUUCAUUUAAAAGCUACUGUGGAGAGGGAGUCUUUUUUGAUGUCGGAGUGUAAGGAGUCACUUCUGACAAAACGCAGUCAGACAGAUCUAUACUUGUACUUAGGCAGGGCUGCUCAACGUUGUCCUUGGAGAUCUACCACCCUGUCGGUGUUCACUCCAACACUAACAAAGCGCACCUUGCUCAACAGCUAGAGAUGUUGUCAAGCGGCUCAUUGGUAGAAUCCGGUGUGCCAAAUUUUGCUUGGAAUGAACCCACGGGGGGAAGGUAGGUCUGCAGGAACAGAGUUUGCCAGCCCUGGACUGAGGUCUGAGCCUCAGUGCUGAACCUAAUGAAGGCAGAUGUUUAAUCAUCUCACAGAUUAGUGCCGUGAUCCUAUAGAUCAUUUUCUGUAAUAUGAGAAAAUACCCUUUAGGUAAGGUUAGUCGGUUGACAGACUAGCCAAUCCUAACUAGGCACACGUCUGGAUCGCGGUAGGCCCAAUGGAACUGUCAGUCCUUUAAAGGAACACACUGACUUACUGUAUGCUAGUUUGUUCUUGCGCGUGAACAAUCAUUCCCAAACAUUAGGUAGCCACAGGACCAUAAAGACUGGAGGCCUACAAGAAACAUGUACCAAACAUGCUAGACUUGAACUGACUGAAACGACCCUGUACAUGUUGUUCACCUGCCUUAGCUGCUGCUGUGAGGCUCUUGUCUCUUUGUUUUCAAGGGCGGUAUCCUGACGGUGUUUCUGCGCUUUUAGAUGUACUUAAGCAUUAAACAUUUUUCUGCCAAAAGCCAACGGAGACUGCAGGGAAACAAUGCUUCACCAGGCAGGAUUUGUCCCGUUUUCUAUAAUUAGUCCAAUAUACAAGAUGUUAGGUGUUAUUCUUUAAGUUUCAUUAAAUAUAUAUAUCGAUAUAUAGUUUACAUUUAUAUAAUAGAUUAUUGUGCACUAUUUUCUUAGAGUCAAGUAUAUUUUUGUCUUUCGGGGGGGAAAAAGGUUUGAAGUGAAUUAGAUAUUGAUUAUCGAUGUAUUGAUAUUUUCACAGUGACUACACUUUAAUUGCUCAUUGGGCUUCUGGCUGCUGUUUUAUCUGUCAGUCAUCACUGGUGCAUGUGUUGGGGGGGGUUCACGUUAUUGGGUAUGAAUGCAAAUAUCUAAAGAAUUUGAAUAUUAUGUUAUUGUGUAUUUAUGAGUUGAGUUUGGUUCUGUACUGUAUAUAGGCUGAUAGAGGAUGAAAAAUGUGCCGGAUAGGUGUAUGGUUUGUAUUUGCAUAACCAAAACAUAUUUUUGUACCCGUGUGUCCUUAAGGGAGACGUCCUAUCACCCACAUUUUGUACUGUACCUGUUUGUUUAAUUAACAGUAUCUUUAUGUAAUACUGUUGCAGGUGAUUGUGAGUGUCAGUUAUAUUUUGCAUAUUCUACAGUGAUGGAAAUUCUUGACUUUUUAGAAAAUUGCACUGUUUUGUGCCAGUCCUGUGCAUGGCAGCACAUGUGUACAUGUAUAAUAUUGAUGCACUGUUCUGUCCCAGCACAGGAGUUUGCUGCUUGAGAACAGGACGUUUUCUGAAGUGGCUGUGUGUGUAUUUAUGGGGAGGGGGGGUUGGCAGUUUAUUGGCAAAACAUUAACCCUUACUGUCCAUCCUGCCCUUUUCUCUGGGUAGUGAUCGGACAUAUUUAAAGAGGAACUAAUGCUGUAAUCUGAGUCAUUGGCUGAAUAAUUUUUCUAAAUGUCUCCCAGGCUCCUAGAAACACUUUAAUAGCAUUAAGAUGAAUCUUGUUUCAUGUUCUGACCGUAAAUGUCUAUGACCCGGCUCUACGCUGGUCACUGGUUUUAGUUUGUCCAUGUGUAAGCCGGGUAAACUGUGUGUUAUCACAGUUAUAAUGGAAAUUAUAUUUGAAUAUUUGGGUAUAUUGGAAUAAAGAUACGAAAGAAGGUGGUAGAAGGCUUUAACAUUUAAAUUGUCUUGUAAAUCAAUUUCCCAGGGAAAAUGUUUUUCUUUUUUCCUUUUUGGUGUAAAAAUAUUUGACUUGUCUUUACUUUCCCUUUUUACUACCAGACUGUUUCUUAAAUCAUACAUUUAGUUUGUAUUGUUAAAAAAAUAAAAUUCUCAAUGUACAAUUCA